AACACGUUUGUGAGCUACGAGCAAAGAACAACGAGAAAGGGAGAAAGUUAAAAAUGUGAAAAGAGGAUGGAGCCGAGGAGCCGGGUCGAAGCGACCUCAGUCCCGUGAGGCCAUCCGCCGGUCAGGGAGCUCUGGCUCUGCCAAGACUGUCUCGGAAGUACAAGGGAAAAGAAGGUAAAAUGGAGUGACGUUUGUGGCGGCGGCUACGCAGCGAAGAAACCUGGAAAAGAAAGAAACCGUUUGACGCCCGAACUGAGCUACGGAGCCCCAGCCGAAGCGAAAGAGCGGAAACACCGUCCAAUCCGGCCCUUUCCUAAGCCCCUCCCCUCGCCUGGGCGUGCGGCGGAAAGACGCGCACAGGAAGGGGCGGAGCUAUGAACACUAAGAGUGCGCGGACGGAUCUCGCGAGAACAGUGGGGGGCGGAAGCACAAUCAGUGCAGGAUGCGGUUCCUGGUUGCGUUGGUCUUGCUGAGCGUCGCAGCGGCGGUGAUCCAAUCACAAGAACAGUCUGGCACGUUAAAGCCGCAGCCCACGGGAGACGACCCCGCCAAGGAGAAGGCCCAGUCGCAGCCCACGGGAGACGACCCCGCCAAGGAGAAAUCCCAGCCGCAGCCCACGGGAGACGACCCCGCCAAGGAGAAGGCCCAGUCGCAGCCCACGGGAGACGACCCCGCCAAGGAGAAGGCCCAGUCGCAGCCCACGGGAGACGACCCCGCCAAGGAGAAAUCCCAGCCGCAGCCCACGGGAGACGACCCCGCCAAGGAGAAGGCCCAGUCGCAGCCCACGGGAGACGACCCCGCCAAGGAGAAAUCCCAGCCGCAGCCCACGGGAGACGACCCCGCCAAGGAGAAGGCCCAGUCGCAGCCCACGGGAGACGACCCCGCCAAGGAGAAGGCCCAGUCGCAGCCCACGGGAGACGACCCCGCCAAGGAGAAAUCCCAGCCGCAGCCCACGGGAGACGACCCCGCCAAGGAGAAGGCCCAGCCGCAGCCCACGGGAGACGACCCCGCCAAGGAGAAGGCCCAGCCGCAGCCCACGGGAGACGACCCCGCCAAGGAGAAGGCCCAGCCGCAGCCCACGGGAGACGACCCCGCCAAGGAGAAGGCCGAGCCACAGUCCCGGGGAAAAGGCGCUGACAAGGAGAAAUCCCGGCCACAGUCCACGGGAGAAGGCGCUGACAAGGAGAAAUCCCGGCCGCAGUCCACGGGAGAUGGCCCUGACAGGGAGAAGCUCAAGCCGCAGUCCAAGGGAGAAGGCCCUGACAAGCUGGUCUCCAACCCCUCCUCUGAUAACAAGGAGCCCACCAAGCCUGACUUAAACAUACCAGCUGACAAAGAUGCCUCUCUGCAUGCUUUUAGAAGUGAAUCUGGGGACAGAGUAUUACUAGACUCGAAACCCACUUCUCCACAGCAGGAGAGAGAAGGCAAGUCUUCAGAGCUUACAGAUGUGGAGCCCAAGAAGGCCAAGGAAGGGGAUACAGAGCCUGAAGAAGAUUCACCAUCCAAAGGAGAGAAAGAAAUGCCUGGCCUUGCCUCCAGUGAGAACCGUGAAGGGACACUUUUGGAUUCCAUGGGUAGAGGGAAUGGUGACCCUUUUAAGGACAAUCUUGGAAGUGCUGGUGCAGAGAGCAGCCACUUCUUUGCCUAUCUGGUGACUGCAGCCAUUCUUGUUGCUGUCCUCUACAUUGCCUAUCACAACAAACGGAAGAUUAUUGCUUUUGUCCUAGAAGGAAAAAGAUCUAAAGUCAUUCGGCGCCCAAAGGCCAGUGAUUACCAGCGUUUGGACCAGAAGAUUUGAUUUUUCCAUUCUUGAGAACUUUGUCCUCCCUGCUGAUUUGUUUUUAAAUCAAGAGAAAUGAAGAAAAGAAGUACUGUGACCUAAGAGACACCCCCUCCUCUAGGAUUUGGUGGCAAGUCUGGGCAGGCAUAGGCGGGGGGAUUGCUUUGAUUUUUGCACCUGCACUUUGGUGACCUUGUACGCCUGUGUCCCCGUUAUCUCUCCUGGUGUCUUCUAUCCUUUCCUCCUCUGACUGUGAAUAGAGAGAGCAUGUGGGAAGCCAGCUGUGACCAAAGGGAGAUCUCAGCCCCAGGCAGGCUACUGCUGCUGACUGCCUUCCCUUGGGCAUUGGCCAUUUAGUAGUUAUCCCUUGAAAAGAGCAUUGUCCCACCACUAUUUAUCUUUGUAGACCUAGGAAAACUCUCUGCAGGAUGAGGUGUUCUUGUACCAAGGCCUCUUACUUUGGGGGGAUGUGCCCUUUACAAAAGAUGAAGAGGUGAAUGCUGACGGGCACAGGGCUACUUUAACACAUAACUCUCUUCAGAGGCUCCAGCAGCAAACCAAAACAGCUUUUAAAAAGUGCUUUAUUGCCUGUGAGUCCAACCUGUCUAGCAUAAGUCCUUCACAUUUUUCCGAUAUUUUCAUAUUAAGACAAAGUCAAUUUCCAUUUGGUUGUCCUGACUGAACUUGGGGAUUCUGGGAGUAAAGCUGUAAAGCCAUGGUUCCCAUUAUAGAUUUUUUAAAAAUACAGUUAUGAUUAUUGAAAUACUUUGUUCUUCUAUACUCAUAAUUGUAACAAACUUUUUAAAAUAGGGUAAGCUCAGGCUUCGCAUAAGAUGUGCAGGACGGUUUUUGGUUUUGAUCUGCAUUAUUUCAAAGGGCUUUUAUGGAAGGUUUCCCACAAACUCUGCAUUGCCUUUGUUGCCUAAAAUAGACAAAAUAGACUUGUAAUCAGAAACGAACUGUACUCUCUUUUACCUUAAUCUAGUAAAUGGUUCUCUCAUCCAAUAUAAAAU